CGGAUUGGCAGCUCCGAGCGCCAACCGGGAGCGCCCGCUCCCUUUGCUGCAGCCAAUGGCAGGGAGGGGGCGGGCUGCGGCGGGGAGCGUGGGUGAGAGAAUGGCAAAAAAGAAUACACAAAGCAAAGAAAUGAAGGAGGAAAAAAGGAAAAAGCUAAAGCAGCGUGUGGCCCCAAAGGGAGAGCUGGAAUCAGAAAGUGAACCAAAGAAAAUGAAACAGAGUCUGCAGGCAACAGAUGAAGAAGAUCUUACCCCAGAGGAAAGAAGGAAACUGGAAAGAAAAUUGAAAAAAGAGCGCAAGAAGGAAGAAAAGAAGCUGAUGAGAGAAGCUGGAAUCUCUACUAAAAAAGAAGAGCCCAAAAAGCUUUCAGGAUCUGAGCUGGCUCUGGCCUAUUUAACCAGCUGGUCUAAAAAUCCAGAAGAAUGGAAGUUUCAAAAAACAAGACAAACCUGGCUUCUCUUGCACAUGUAUGAUAAAGAGAAGGUUCCAGAUGAGUAUUUCACCAUUUUACUGGAUUAUCUGCAGGGACUUCGAGGCAGUGCACGAGACACAACUGUGCAGAAAGCUGAAGCUCUUAUGAAGGAGUUGGAUGGGUCGGAUGCAGAAGACCCAAGCAUGGUGGAGAAGAGCGAGCGAAUACGACAAGUUCUGCAACUGCUGUCCUGAGAGUGCUUUUGUGUCUUGAUGGUUGUCUGGUGGAGAGAAGGAUAGAAUGUAAUACACAGAUAAUACAAAUCAGCUGUAAAGACAUAUUUUGAUACUGAAUCUUUACGCUAAAUUUUCAUAUUUUGCACUUGUGUUUUCCAACUACAAUUAUUUAUCAUGUUUUGAGGUGAUGAAAUCAAAACAGAACACCGUAUUUGAUCCACAGACAUGCUGUUUUGAUUAAAAGUAAUCUUACUGCACAUCUUUAGAAAAAUAAACCUCUCUUUCUUGUUAGUUUUUCUCCACUUCCCCAUGUACUUAAUGUUAAAUAAGAGGAGCUUUGCAGUUCUUAAUAAGAAGAGCAAAGCAACCAACAAAAAGCCUGGAGGUUCUUUUACAAUGGCAGCUUUUAAAAUUAACAUACAGUACAGUGCCUGCUCAUCCAGCUGUAAUCUAUCACUUUCAGCUUUAGAAGUAUGUCAUUUGGAUUUGGGAAAGAUCAUUUUCAGUCUGUUGAACACGGGUUGUAUAACACAGUUGCUUAUUAGUACUUAACGCAGUGAUCUGGAGAUACCAUCAGCUUUGUUAGUUUUCCUUGUAUAUUUUAAAGGUUUCAAAUGCUUUAUGGCAAUUGUUUAGAUAUUUAGAUAAUGUGCAGAUGGGGACAGAUCAAAUCCUUCGACCACAUGUAGUGAAAUCAUCUGAUUGUACAUAAACUUAUGCUAAGAUGAGAAGUGCCAUGCUGCAACUUUUUGUGUAUAGCCUGCCAAUGUUACAUUUUUUGUCUUUCUCUUGUAAUUGGCAUCCAAAAGAGUUUAUUUGUGUUCAUUUGCUUUGACACAGGACAUUUGUCUCCUAUGAAUAUGCUGAAAAUGAGGCUUUCAAGUAAAAAACAAGGACAUUAAUUACUCAAAA